CCCAGAGGAUGACUUCUUACAUGUGUCUGUGGUGCUCAGUGUACAGCGGCGUCGCCAUGACUUCAUGACACUUUAACACUUUAUAACUGUCAUGGCGCCUGUUACAGACCAGAGCUUUAAACCCAUAAAGAAUGAGAGAGAUUUAACCAGAAUGAGCUCCUUAUCUUAGUGAAUCAGUGAAGCUUGAGAGAUUUGUUCAUUUGGAUUGUUUACCAACAUGUGACCAGCACCAUAAACCUGUUGUUUAAAUAAGUUGUACAUAAUAAACACAAUUUGUUUAUGGUCGUUCUGUGAAAAAUAAACAAUAACAGUAUCAGUUCAUCACUUAUUAUUUACAUGUCUGUUCAUGCCUCAGCAGGUCGCCAUGCAGCAGUGUGAACCCCCUCAGCAACAGCGCGAGGACAACCGGAAGCUGGAGGCGAAAACAAGGGACAGCGAGGAGAGUGAUGCUUAUGAAUGCAGGAUCUGCGGCUACAAAGCAGCGGAUGUCUGCGCUCUUAGUCAACAUCUGCACUCUGUCCAUCCUGUUACUGCUCUGCCUGGACCGAGCUCAGUAAAAGAUGAGAGUAAAGGAGCCUCAGAGGGACAGAAGAGUCCACCUGAAGGAAAUUCUGAAUUUUCCGAAGGGUCCAUGUCUUCCUCACCCAUGGACUCAGAGGAGACCAGCAUAAGUACAUGCAAUGCAGAGAACCAGGUACAAGCAGCGGCGCAAAAAGAGACUGUGAAAAACUCACCUGCUGCCAAAAACAGCCAAAGUAUUUCUCCCGCCUCCAUUUUGCCUCAGAGGAAAGCCUCAUCCUCUUCAGAGUCUACAAAAGGAAGCCAAAGCAAGAACUCAGCCUCCUCAGGCACAUCUGGCCUCAACCAGACACACUUGGUGUGUCUUCCUCUGGUAUCUGAAGGUCUGAAGCUGGUGUGGGUGCGCUCGGAGCAGACUAACGAGCUGGAUGCAGUAUCAGAUCUUGUAGAAGCAUUUAAUGCCUUUCCCUACCCCACAGAGCAGGAGGCCAGUGCUCUGGCACGUCGCUGCUCCCUCUCAGCUGAGCGCGUCAAAGUGUGGUUUAUGAUGCAGCGCGUCCGCUACGGAAUCAGCUGGGCAGACGACGACAUCCGGCAGACGCGGCUUAAGUUGCGGCGUCUGCAAAGCAUGUCACUCGGGGAGGAGGGUGAGGAAGAAGAGGAGGAUUAUUUAGCACAUGAAGAGAGGACACCUGAGACGCAACAGCAGGAUGUUAAACAGGCUCCUGUGACAGAGGUCUAUACGGGUUAUGCACACUACACACCACAACUAGUUUUCUCCCAGGACGAAGCCAGUGACUUUAACAGCAGGCAAAACAGCAUCAUUCCUCAGUACACCAACGGCGUAGAGAACUUUGUUCAGCAGCAAACUGAAAACCAGUGUGUGGCUGAUUUUCAAAAUGUAUCUGUUGACAAAGACCAGGCUCAGUUGCCCAGAGAACUGAAUCAUUUACCUCCUCACGAGCUCAAGGCUGAGAGUUCCAGCACUUAUAGAGCUCUGUCCAAAUCAGCCGUGGUUUGUGGUCCUCCCAUAACUCAGCAGCGGAAGAAAUCCAAAGCACAGCUGAUGGCGCUUCGCCGUAGCUUUGUCCAAAAGAACUGGCCGUCUGAGGCUGAGGUGCAGCGGCUACAGCGAGCCACCGGGCUCGGACGACACGAGAUCCGUAAGUGGUUUGCUGACAGUCGAUACCAGCUUCGCAGGAGCGGUCGGUCCUGGCUGGCUGAACUGAGCAAGCCGAGUCAGUCACUAGAGCCUUCGGGUAGAUUUCAACAACAGUUAAACAGCGACGAGUUUCAGGAGGAUGGCGAAGCCUCAGGAGCGGGGCUUGACGUUGAUCUCGAUGUGGACAUGGAGGAUCAACAGGGCCCAGUAGAAGAUGGGGUCAGCGAGUCGAACACGAGGAAAGAGGACCAGACUGAAGAUCCAUCACACAAAGACAGCCAGGCUUCCGUUAAACAGGAGCGGCGUGAUAUCACUAUCGUCCCUUCUCCAUCUCCCGCCUCCUCUUCUCCAUCUCCGUCACUCCUACAAGGCUGGAACCCCAGCCUGGGUCCUGAGCCCAACCUCCGGAAGAAGACAUGGGAGCAGUUAAACAUGCUGAGGCAGAGCUUCCUGCACUGUCAGUGGCCCACUAGCGAAGACUACACAGUCUUGCAGCAGAAGACAGGACUGACACGGACUGAGAUUGUUCAGUGGUACGGAGAUACACGCUACCACAUUAAACACUCCAACCUGCGCUGGAUUCACCCGGACGACCGAGAACGUGUACGCACAGGUGUCAUGAAGCAGCAGAAGAGAGCAGGGAAGGGCCCCAGGAGCAGGAGAUGGACAGAGAGCACAGAUCCGAGCUUCAGGUUUAGGGAGCCGCAGCCCAGUAACGGGACAGGAGGGAGUGAGGCGAAGUCAUGGGACGAAUUAUACAAGACCGCUUCCUCAGUACUGCCAGGGGGUGAACUUUGACCCUGGAGAAUUUUUAGAUUAAAUGUUAAAGAGUAUUUAGAAUAGCAGGAAAGUAGAGGCUGGACUCUACAUUGCUGCCAAAUGCUGUAUUUCAUGAAGAAGUUUUCUUGUUUGUUUGUUUGUUUUUGUUUGUAUUCUGGUCUCUGUCUCAUGUUCUCAAGUCCAGUGUUUCUCACCACUAAUGGAUUGUUGCAUUAACAUAAUCCAGUGCCUCGUCAGGACCUUUAAUACACAAAUAUUUAUGUAUUUAGUUUUGUCUAUAUGAGCAGUUUCAUUUAAGCUGAAAUUAUUUAUGAUAACACUAAAAAAAAAAAAAAAAAGAAAAGAAAGGAAAGAAAGAUGUUCCGAGCGAUUAGCAGAACACAAGCACUGGGUGAAACUGCUGAUUUCAUGUGUAGCAUUUCAGUGUUCAACAGGAUAGGAGCGUGCGUAGAAAUUAGUUUCAGGUCUUUUUUAAUGCACAUUUUCAGAAGUUUAUUUUAAAAGAAUAACUGACUUUUAGUGUAUUAACAUGGUUCAGAUCUUCCAAACCAUGAAUCCUUUAAAGUGUUGCUUUUAAAAGAACAGUCGGUGUGAAAACUAUUUUAAGUGGUUUUAAGAGAAUUAUUUUCCAUCCUGUUCUUCUAUGUUAAUUAUUGCUUAUUUCCGUUAUAAUUUAUUUAGACCCAGGACCACAAUCCAACAGAAACAGGCUUGAAUGAUGCAUUUGAUAUUCUAUGCAUUUAAUUAUUAUUUAGUUGACUAGAAAAUUCCUUUAUUGCUUUUGAAGAUUUUUGUACCUAUUUCUAGAAAAUGUUUCUCCCUUGGUUACAAUGGCAUUUUGACUCAAUAAAGUGGACUUCAGGAUUUUUUUUUUUAUUAUUAGUAUAUUUGAACUGGGCAAAUACAGUACAUAUUUACAAGAAGGCUGUAUGAAAUGAUCAAAACGUGUGCUUUUGCUUUACAGUCCCAUCACAAUCUAUUAAAACAACCCAAUGAUGCUGUGAUGUAUCAGAGUUACACACUGACCAAGAAAUAUUUUUUAUAACACAUCAAAACAUCAAUAAAAAAAUCUAUGGUUUGUUAGAGAACUCUUUUAUACAUUGCAGGCUUCUUUGAUAUCAGUAUUACACUGC